AUAAUAGCCUACACCAAAGAAAAUCUAGUUUGUGUAAUUAUUUAGGAGUCGUUUCUAAUUACACGUGCUAUUGAAUUUCUAUAAAUGCGUUUCAUUUCAACGUGUCAUACGAUACGAAUGUUCCAAAACGACUUGUUUAUGUCUUCAUAAGUGAGUCACAGAUGACAGCGGAGAUGUGUGCUGAAGAAGAUUGGCUCGAUUUGGUGCCCAUCACUCCCAAUAGGGAGGGACUUUAAUUCGCUCUUGUUUAGUUCUCAAUGGAUGCCAACAUCAGCCACGACACGCGAUCAGAUGAACAACGAAGCACGCUUUCUGAUGCGCGUCGGACCUAAACGCGAGCGAGCGACUCGAAUGUCGUGAAUGUGAACGUGUUUACUGACUCGGACCGCCAUGAAGACGCGUGAAGGCUGUGUUUAGUCAGAUGAAUCCAGAUGUGCUGUAUGGCCUGACAGAGCGACAGACAGACAGAGGGCAUCAUCUCUCUGUUUAUAAACACACAUCCGUUCAUAUAUAAAGGAAUCACACGGGUGGAUUGAUGCACCCUUUCCAGUGGUGCAACGGGUGCUUCUGCGGUUUGGGACUGAUCUACUCCAAUAAGACCUGCACUAUGCCAUCCGUCACCUUCCAGGACCUGCCUCUCAAUAUCUAUAUGGUUAUCUUCGGCACAGGCAUCUUUGUCUUCGUACUCAGCCUCAUAUUCUGCUGCUAUUUUAUAAGUAAAUUGAGACAUCAAGCCCAGAGCGAGCGCUUUGGAUACAGAGAGGUUAUAUUAAAAGGAGACCCGAAGAAGCUGAAUCUUCAUGGGACGUGUGCCGUGUGCCUGGAGGACUUUAAGGUGAAAGAUGAGCUGGGAGUGUUGCCGUGCCAACAUGCCUUUCACAGGAGGUGUGUGGUGAAGUGGCUGGAGGUGCGCUGCGUCUGCCCGAUGUGUAAUAAACCCCUGGCGGGAUCGUCGGAGCAGCACCAGAGCAUAGGCACCCUGCUGGACGAGCUGGUGUAGUGCUCAGAAGCAAGACUGACAGCAGACUCUCUCUGGAGUUUUUUACAGACAUAAACAGCCUGAUAACUCUGACUGUGACUCUCACCUUAUUCUGAGACUGAACCUCACAGAUCAGCUCAACGGGCACAUUUUCUCAGUAAAACGCAAGGGAAACCAUAGAUGCUCGAUUGAAGAAAUUUUCAGGAUAAGGCUUUGUAUCUUUUGUGAAAAAGGCCUUUACUUUAACAACGAAGGCUAACCAAGCUGUUCAGUCAAUGUCAGUUUGUAUGCCGAUCUAGAAGGCUAAUUCUCAGAGGAAUUUACUGUAUAAACGGUUUUUGAUUUAUGAGUAAAAUAAGGUCUGUGGUUAAGAUUGUUUAUGAUUCAUUUGAAUUAGGAAACACUUGAGUGCUUUAUAAACUCAAGCUGCUACAUAAGAACUACAACUACCACUAAGAUGUGAGUUUACAUGCAAACAACCAUUGUAGUCUUUAAGUAGAAACUUUUUUAAAGCACACAAUAGUUUUACAAUUCUCAUUUGAGGUAUCAAUAUGUGUAAUUUGUGUUGUAGAACAAACUGUGCCAAAAUAAAAUCUAAACACAGACCUUAUUUUACUCCAAAACCACUAAAAACCCAUCUGAAACUCAAACCUCUCAAACCUGCUAAUUGUCUUCUGGGUUUUAGGACUGCAAAAAAUUGAACAUCUUUACUGUAAAUGCUCACAGGACCGGCUAAGAUGGAGGAAACCGCAUUUACAGCAUUCCAGCAACAACAGCACAGUGCAUUGGGCCCAAAGAACUUUAUCACUGAGUGUGUGAGUGUGUGAGUGGAUUUUACAUUCGUCAGUAGUAGUGACAGAUGUCUCGUUCAUUCUAGAUUAUAUGUGCACAAAUCAUCGACUGUCUUAAGAGAUUUUAAGCAAACACUACCACAGAAAUGGGCUGCCAGUGAAAACACAAGUGACUUUCUUUUUGUAUUUCAAGUUUUUUGUGUUUGUUCACUGUAAUCUGGUUGCCAUUGUUAUCUGCAGUGUUUUAGUCAAUGUUUUCACACCAAAAAAAAGAAAAAAAAAAAGAACAUUUGACAGCA